AUGGCGGCCCAGACAGCGGGUGCGGGGCGCUGGGAGGUAGUGAAGAAGGGGCGACGGGCUGCAGCCGGCGGCAGUCAUAAAGGCGGCGGCGGAGGGGACCGCCGGGCUCUCGGGGAGGCCAACGGAGUGUGGAAGUUCGACCUGACCCCCCCGAUCCAGACGACAAGCACGCUGUAUGAGUUGGGCUUCGAGAAAAUCACAAAGCGACAGAACAAGGAGCAGGUCCCACCCCCUGCGGUGGAGCCGAAGAAGCCAGGGAACAAGAAGCAGCCCAAGAAGGUGGCGGCCGUCGCAAACCAGAACCAGAAGCAGGGCCGCUUCCGCAGCUUGGAGGCAGCGCUGAAAGCCCUGGACGUGGCCGCUCUGCAGAAGGAGCUGGACAGGAGCCAGAGUGUGUUCUCCGGGAACCCAUCCGUGUGGUUGAAGGACCUGGCCAGCUAUCUCAACUACAAGCUACAAGCUCCUCUGAGUGAGCCCACCUUGAGCCAGCACACUCACGACUACCCCUACAGCCUGGUGAGCCGGGAGCUGCGUGGGACCAUCCGGGGGCUGCUGUCCCAAGCCGCGGGGUCUCUGGAGCUCUUUUUUGACCACUGUCUGUUCACCAUGCUGCAAGAGCUGGAUAAGACUCCGGGGGAGUCGCUGCACGGUUACCGCAUCUGUAUCCAGGCCGUGCUGCACGACAAGCCUAAGAUCGCCACCGCAAACCUGGGCAAGUUCCUGGAGCUGCUCAGAUCCCACCAAAGCCGCCCAGCCAAGUGUCUGACCAUCAUGUGGGCCAUGGGUCAAGCAGGAUUUGCCAACCUCACCGAAGGCCUAAAAGUGUGGCUGGGCAUCAUGCUGCCGGUGCUGGGCACCAAGGCUCUGUGCUCCUUUGCCAUCGCCUACCUGGACCGGCUGCUCCUGAUGCACCCCAACCUUACCAAGGGCUUUGGCAUGAUUGGCCCCAAGGACCUCUUCCCACUUCUGGACUUUGCCUACAUGCCCAACAACUCCCUGGCGCCCAGCCUGCAGGAGCAUCUGUGUCAGCUCUACCCGAGGCUGAAGGUGCUGGCCUUUGGGGCGAAGCCAGAAUCCACCCUGCACACCUAUUUCCCCUCCUUCCUGUCCAGAGCCACUCCUACCUGCCCUACCGAGAUGAAGAAAGAGCUUCUGAGAAGCCUGACGGAGUGCCUGACUGUGGACCCCCUCACCGCCAGUGUCUGGAGGCAGCUGUAUCCCAAGCACCUGUCACAAUCCAGCCUGCUGCUGGACCACUUGCUCAAGUCCCAGGAGCAGAUUCCCAAGAAGGUGUGGAAGUCUUUGCAAGAAACCAUUCGGUCCUUCAGGCUCACCAACCAGGAGCUGCUGAGGACGAGCAACUCUGCCAACCAGGAGGCUGCCGCCUGUGAUGCUGCCUGCAAGGCUCUGCUGCGGCAGGCCUGGGGCCCUCGGCUGCCCUGGACACGGCUGCUUCUGUUGGCACUGGUGUUUGUGGUGGGUUUCCUGUGCCAUGACUUCCAGUCCCACGGCUCCUUCCAGGCCUCCUUCUCUGGCCGGAUGCUUCAGUCGUCUGGUUUCUUGCCUGCUGGCCAGCAAGCGUGUGCCACGCUCUACGCCUACAGCCUCCAAGGCUACAGCUGGCUAGGAGAAACGGUGCCUGCCUGGGGCUCCCACCUGCUCACCAUGGCAAAGCCCACUUUGCAGUUGGCCUGGACCCAGACCAAUGCCACGGUCAGCUUUCUCUCUGCCCACUGUGCCUCUCACCUGGCCUGGUUUGGUGACAGCCUCGCCAGCCUCUCUCAGAGGGUCCUCCCCCACCUCCCAGGGGCGCUGAGCCAGCUUCUCCAGUCUCUGAAGGAGCUGCUGCUGCUGCUGUACCAGGACGGGCUGCUGCCGAUGUGGCGCCUGCUGCUGGAGGGCCUGGCGCGGGCCCAGGAGCACGGCCAUGAGCUGUGCAGAGGUGAGGUGACGUGGGGCUGCGUGAAGACUCAGGUCCUUGAGGCUGCCUGCUGGGCCUGGGUCUGCCUGCGGGACAUCACAGUGGCUUUCUUGGACUGGGCACUCGCCAUGACAUCAGCGCAAUAGGCCGUCAGGCUGCACCUGCUCCGGCCACUUGCUGCCAUCUGAGAGUGCUGAGGGCUGGGAGGCUGCCUGUUAAUGGCAGUUCUGCAUGGGUCCUUCUUACUUGGUGCCUGACUUCUGUCUCCUAGAGAAGUGGCCAAGCGGCCUCUGCCCCAGUUCUUCCAUCUCUGGUGGGGACUGAGCCCCGGGGUAUCGGAUCUCCUACCCAGGAUUCCACUGAACACUGGCCUUGUUGCCUGGUCCCCACCUCCGUCCUCGGGCUGGCAGCCUCUCGUCCCCUCCUCUCUGCUCCCCGCCUCAUCCUGACAGCCCCAGAGAGCACGGCUCCGGGAAGAUCAGGUCCCAGAGAGGGGCUGCUGCAUCUUUCUGAUGACCGGUUCCUCCCUGGACUUGUGAGGCCUCUGCUUCCUGAUCUUGGCCACAGUGUUGCUGCAGAGGAGAAGGGAGAGGGCCUUCCAGAAGGCCUGGCAGCCGUGUCACCCCUGUCUGCAGUGCUGGUGGAAGCGGCUUUCACGUCAAAAUGUCCCGGCCCCCUGCUGCAUCCCCUCCAUCAUGGUCCUGCUCCCCACUUCCCGUCAGUGCUGGGGGUCAGCGAGGGGCACUGCCUCAGAGCUUCGCUCCACUGCCCCCCCCCCCCCCCCAAGCCACCAGCAAAGCAAGAGUCCAGGCAGCUGUGUGGCCCAGGCCCAGCGAACCUUCCCGCCAGCAGCUCUUGACACCGAGCCCAGUAUGUGGCGCACGGUUGCCUGCCCAGUGGAAUAAAGGACACAGAUUUGGUUUUUA